ACAGUUAAAGGACAUUAGACACGCAGUGCUGCGUGGAAAGCUGACCACAGAGGAUCAUUUAUGGAUGUCUUCACGUUGAACAUUUUUGUGGAGACGUGGAGAUGAACAAUAUCUCAACUGUGAGCCAACACUGAGGGGACAUCAAAAACCAGCACUUUGCUGAAUUUCAGGCUUUUGUGCAGCAGGUAAAAAUGGAUCCUCUUCUGGAACAAGUUUUGGCUGGCUUAAAUGGAACCCUCGGGGCUUUAAAUCGGACAGACCCCCUGGAUAAAUUCUCAGGCACCCAGCUGCUCCUGCGCUUCAAACCACUUUUUAUUCCACUCUACGCCUUAGUGGUUGUUGUGGCGGGUGUCGGGAACUGUUUCCUCCUCGCCUGUAUUCUGGCGGACAAGAAGCUCCACAAUGCCACCAAUUUCUUCAUCGGCAACCUGGCGGCUUGGGACCUGCUGAUGUGCCUGAGCUGCGUGCCGCUGACCGCCUCCUACGCGUUUGACUCACGUGGCUGGGUGUUCGGACGUCCGAUGUGUCACCUCAUUCCUUUGCUGCAAGGCGCCACUGUGUUCGCCUCUGUGCUGUCGCUCACCGCCAUCGCCAUGGAUCGUUACGUCGUGGUGGCGUACCCGGUCCAGAGACGAAUCUCCGUUUGGGGCUGUGGCGCGGUGGCGUUGGGCGUCUGGGCGGUUUCGCUGGCCCUUGCCGCUCCCCCGUCCCUGCACACGCGCUACGUGGACCUGCGGCCCAGUGGUAUGGAGCUUGUGGUUUGCGAGGAGUUCUGGUUGGGCGCGGAUCGCCAACGCUUGCUAUACUCCUGCUUCUUCUUGCUGGCGUCCUACAUGAUCCCUCUAAUGUCCGUUAGCAUCUCCUACUGCGCCAUCAGCGUUCACCUUCGCAAACAUACUCUGCCCGGAGAGCCCUCCCAUAGCCAGCAGCGAUGGAGCAAACAGCGGCGCAAGACGUUCUCCUUAUUGGUUGCCUCCGUGCUCGCCUUCGCCCUCUGCUGGCUACCGCUGCAGGUCCUUAACCUCCUGCUGGAUCUAGACUCUGACUUUCAGAUCUUGGACAAACGCUACGUCAACGUCUUGCAGGUCAGCUGCCACCUGGUAGCCAUGAGCUCAGCGUGCUACAACCCCUUCAUCUACGCCUCGCUGCACAGCAAGGUCCGCAUGCAUCUGCGCGGUUAUCUGUGCCCCUGCAGGCGUAGCGGACAGGGGUUACUAUCUCGCUGUGCCUCCCGUAACCCUGGCACCUGCCUGACGCUGGUCUCCGAGAUAGCGGUGAAGGACAGCCAAUCACAUGAGAGCCCCAUCCCUGACAGCUGCCUCUGAAGAUGUGCGGCACAUCAGCGCAGACUACUCAGAAGUGGCACUUAGACAUUAAGGAGGUUUCGCAGCGCUUAAGUGGUAUCCCAGCCAAUAUUCGAGGAUCUUGUAUGAGAAUGAAGGCUGUUCUAGAUGGGUUUUCUUUCACAGGGACUACACUUAGGCUUUCAAGUUUGUUUGGAUGUUGCAAUGGACAUUAGUGAUUCAGCCAUCAGAGUUUCUCAUACAUCACCUUAACUGUGAAUGAAUACCUGUGAUACUUUUUUUGGUUUUGUCGAAGAAGAGACACUACAGCCAUGGAAAUAACAAUAAGCCAUAACUAAAUGCUACAAACAGUAUCUGCAUUUGGCAGAUGGUUAUAUCCAAAGUGACUUACAAAGUGUACAUUUUAUCAGUAUGUGUGUUCCCUGGGAUCGAACCCAUGCCCUUUUUUGCGUCACUAACGGAGUGCCCUACCAAGUGAGCUACAGAAACACUAUAUAUAGACUAAAUAUUAUUAUAUGUUACAUAAUUGCUAUAUACUGUAAUAACACUACUUAACAUUAUAAAUGUUGAAACCUCA